AGGGGAGGGCGCGGGCCGGAGGAGGGGCGGGCCCGCCCGCGCGGAGCCGAGCGGAGCCAAGCGGCCCGGACUGGGCGCGACCCGGCCCAGCGUAAGCGCAGGAGCGGGCGGAGCCGAUCGUGGGCAAUGCUGAGGCUGGCGGCCGCCGGGGCCCGAGCCAUCGUGGACAUGUCGUACGCCCGUCACUUCCUGGACUUCCAGGGCUCCGCCAUCCCCCGAACUAUGCAGAAGCUGGUGGUAACCCGGCUGAGCCCUAACUUCCACGAGGCCGUCACCCUGCGCCGGGACUGCCCAGUGCCGCUCCCCGGGGACGGAGACCUCCUCGUCCGGAACCGAUUCGUUGGUAUUAAUGCAUCUGACAUCAACUAUUCAGCUGGCCGCUACGACCCAUCCGUGAAGCCCCCCUUUGACAUAGGUUUUGAAGGGAUUGGUGAGGUGGUGGCCUUAGGUCUCUCUGCCAGUGCUAAGUACACAGUGGGCCAGGCUGUGGCUUAUGUGACUCCCGGUUCCUUUGCCGAGUAUACAGUGGUGCCUGCUAGCAUUGCAAUUCCUAUGCCUUCAGUGAAACCUGAAUAUCUCACCUUGCUGGUUAGUGGCACCACUGCAUACAUCAGCCUGAAGGAGCUUGGAGAGCUGUCAGAAGGGAAGAAAGUUUUGGUUACAGCAGCCGCUGGGGGCACAGGUCAGUUUGCUGUGCAGCUUUCAAAGCUAGCCAAGUGCCAUGUUGUCGGAACCUGCUCCUCAGACGAAAAGUCAGCUUUUCUGAAGUCUGUUGGGUGUGAUCGGCCAAUCAACUACAGAACAGAGCCCGUGGAGACAGUUCUGAAGCAGGAGUACCCUGAAGGCGUUGAUGUAGUCUAUGAGUCUGUUGGGGGAGCCACGUUUGACCUGGCCGUGGAUGCCUUAGCCACCAAAGGGCGCUUGAUAGUAAUCGGGUUUAUCUCUGGUUACCAAAGCCCUACAGGACUUUCACCAGUCAAAGCAGGAGCUUUGCCGGCCAAACUCCUGAAGAAGUCGGCCAGCCUCAGGGGUUUCUUCCUGAACCACUACUUCGACAAGUACCAGGCUGCCAUGGAACACCUGCUACAGCUGUACACUCGUGGGGACCUGGUGUGUGAGGUGGACCUGGGACACCUGGCCCCAGAGGGGAGGUUCAUUGGCCUGGAGUCCAUAUUUCAGGCUGUUGACUAUAUGUACUCGGGGAAAAAUAUUGGGAAACUUGUUGUUGAAUUACCACACCCUGUCAGCAGUAAGCUGUGACCCAACAGAACGAUGACAAAGGUCAAAGGAGAGAAGUGAAUUCUCCGUGCCUUAGAAUGAACUUAAUACUUCUUAAAAACAAAAGGAGAGUGUUAAUGAAUCCCCCCCCCUUCCUUGGGGGUGAAAAUAACGUGCCUGAAUAAAAGUUCUCUCUAUAGCUACGAGGUAAAACGUU